AGGAUGAUGAAGGACACCCUCCUGCUCUGCUUGCUGGCAUCCACACUUCACAUCACUGUCCACAGCCUGACCCAGACCGACCACCACAAUGAAGAGCCCAAGGUAACUGACUGUCAGGAAGAGCAUCCUUGUGAGAGAGAUUCUCUUGAGUCCUGCCAACAGAGAGCCCCCAGCAACACAGACUUUCCCUUUAAGUUUUAUAGGGAAGCAGCCAUCCAGAAACCUGGCAAGAACAUCUUCCUUUCCCCGGUCAGCAUCUCUACUGCCUUUGCCCUGCUAGCUCUAGGAUACAGAGCCACCAGCUGGGCUCACGUACUGGAAGGGCUGACCUUUAACCUCAGCAGCACCCAGGAGGAGGAGAUACAGAAGGGCUUUCAUCAUCUCCUCCUCUUUCUGGACUGCCCUGCCAGCCAGGUGCAGCUGAGCACAGGGAACACCCUGUUCAUGGACAAACACCUGAAGCCACUAAAAGCAUUUCUGAAGGAUGUGAAAAAACUGUACAAAGGAGAAAUGGUUUCUUGUAACUUCCAAGAUUCCACUGAAGCUAAAAAAGAGAUCAAUGGUCACAUAAAGAACAAAACCCAUGUGAAUGUAAACCAAAUACUUACAGAUCUUGAUCCGAACACUCUACUGGUAAUUGUUAACUACAUUUAUUUCAAAGUCUACUGGGAAAAUCCUUUCAGUAUUAAGGGGAAUCACAAGGAUUAUUUCCAUGUGAAUGAGAAGACCUCAGCUGAAGUGAAGAUGAUGACUCAAGAUGGAUUUUAUAAAGCAUACUCUGACAGGAAGCUCUCUUGCAAGGUGGCGCAGAUUCCUUACAAGGGAGAUGUUACAGCAUCGUUUAUCCUGCCUGAUGAAGGAAAAAUGAAAGAGUUGGAAGAUGCCCUGACCAAAGACACUGUGUCUCAAUAGAAAAAAUCACUUGUAAGAUGCAGGAUAGAAGUGUAUAUUCCAAAACUAUCAAUUUCCACCACCUAUGACUUAAAGAAGAUGUUAAUGAAUCUGGGUGUAACCAAUGUGUUUUCUGACUGGGCUGAUCUGUCUGGAAUUACAGGAAAACCUGAUGUGAAGGUUUCAAAAGCUGUUCACAAGGCUCUGCUGAAGAUUCAUGAGAAUGACACAGAGGCUGUAUCAGUCACUGGCACAGAUUUUCUUCCUCAUUCUGUUUCUCCUGUUAUUAAAUUCAGCCAUACAUUUUUGCUGUUAAUUGUUGAUCAAUGUACUCAAAGCAUCCCGUUCAUAGGAAAAAUUGUAGACCCAACUGAAAAAUCACUGGUGAGUAGCUGGUCUUACUGAACUAAAUUGCAUUCUUCAUGCAA